AUGGAAAUGUCAUCUAUUGUUCUCAGAAUGUCGCCAACCCUCAUUACCAACGUCCGGAUCUUCGACGGCCUCUCAGUCGUCUCAGAUUGCGGAUACAUCUUGAUUGAGUUUGGAAAUAUUCAGCAAAUAUCGAAGUUUCCAUUGCCUACUGCCCCCGGAUGGAAUAUUGUCGAUGGCUCAAACUCCACGCUAAUCCCUGGACUUAUCGACGCCCAUGUCCAUGUGUAUCAGGACUUGAAGUUUAUUGAAACAGCAAUUCAAUAUGGCGUCACCACUGUGCUAGACAUGCACAACGAGUCCGAAUGGUUCAAGAAGAUGAAGCUGGUUGCCGAUGAGAAAAAUGAUGUUGCGGACAUUCAGAGUGCAGGGUUGGCUGCAACCGUCAAGAACGGCUGGCCGUCUGCGAUUCUUCGAAUGACAGCUGCGGCAGAUGCGACCCUUGAAACUCGUAUUUCAGGGUGGCCAGAUAUAACGGACAAUGAAACUGCAGACCAAUAUGUUGCUACGAAUAAAGCGGCGGGUGCGAGUUUCAUUAAACUUAUGCAGGAAGAUGGCUGUGCACUGAGCCUGCCCUUUCCUACACGUCCGAUCCCCACUCCCCCUCUAGAAGUUCAAAAGGCUGUCGUUGACGCUGCCCAUCGCAACAAUAUGUUGGCGGUGGCUCAUGCUUUGACCAAUGACUCCGUUCUCCAGAUGCUUCACGCUGGAGUAGAUGGCAUCACACACUCAUCAGUCGAACCGAUUAACGAAAGCGUUAUCAGUGCAUUUAAAGAUACAAAUGCCUUCAUUAUUCCUACAUUUGCUGUUCAUGCAUCCAGCAGCGGAGAAGACAGACACACUCGACAACGUCUCGCAGCGGAUCUGGCAGAUACUAGAGAGAAGGAAAACUUUCUCGGAUGCCUCCACAUUAUGCAGGCCGGGUACUCAAUUCAAAAUUCCUAUGAACAGAUCACGAUUCUGAAAGAAGCUGGGGUGGAUAUCUUAUGCGGGACCGACUCAUCAGAGCACCUCGUGGGUACACGAGCAGGAGCAUCUGUGCUUCAUGAGCUUUGGCUAUACGUAAAUCGAUGCGGAUUUACACCCAUUGAGGCUCUUGCGUCUGCGACCUCGAAAAUAGCAGAACGGUUCAAGAUGAAGGAUCGGGGAAUCAUUGAAGCAGGCCGUAAAGCAGACCUUGUGCUGGUGAAGGGUAAUCCAACUGAAUCUAUUGAUUCUUUGAAUGAUAUAAUCGGGGUUUGGAGAAACGGGGAGCGAGUGGUCUGGGAAUAA